AUGUCGUCCAGCUCAAGCACGAGCACGGUAUUAGAGGCGCUGGAUGCGCUCUACAAGAAUCCUGAUGGCGGCGCAAAGAAUCGCGCGAACGCCUUCCUGCAAGAAUUCCAAUCUCAGAAUGAAGCGUGGGAGACGGCCAAUGCGCUACUGUUGGCCCAAGAGUUGCCUCUGGAGCCGAGACUGUUUGCUGCCCAGACUUUUCGAAGCAAGGUCAUCUACGACCUUGCGAGCCUGCCAACCGAACAGUGGGCAGGCCUUCGCGCGACGCUUCUCGACGCUCUUCAGUCGUACGUGGGCGGUGCGAGGGUGGUGCAGACCCAGCUGAGCCUGACAUUGGCUGCUCUCGCACUGCAGCUGCCAGACGGCUCAGACGCUGAAUGGGGAGACCGCGUUGUGCCUGCCAUGAUCGAGCGGUUCGGCAAGGAUCCCGCAAGCGUCGGCACCUUGCUUGAGUUCCUCACCGUCUUGCCCGAAGAAGUGACGUCGAAUGCGCGCAUUCCCGUUGAUAAUGAGCAGUACAUUGUGCGCCUGCACACCCUGCUCAAUGCACAAGCGGGAGAGGUGCUGCGCAUCUUGUCAAUGUACAUCCAAGCCGAAGGGAUCACUCCAUCUCUGCAGAUCUCGGUGCUCCAGUGCCUUCGCAGUUGGCUUAGAGCUGGCGAGAUACACACAAGCAACAUGAUCCAGACGCCCUUGUUUGCGUUUGCAUUUGAUGCCAUCAAGCAUGAGGAGCUCUUCGACAUCGCCAUAGACGUCCUUUCAGAAAUGAUCAACGAAACCCAGGAAGUUCACGAGAACAUGCCCAUCAUUGAGCUCAUCAUCUCGCGCUUGCUGCCUCUCCGGGAAGACUUGGCGCGAGCUAUGCAAAGCGAAGAUGAGGACAAGGUGCGGGGCUUGUGUCGCCUCUUCGUCGCUGCAGGCGAGACCUACAGGCUCUUGAUCCUCAAACACAAAUCAGAGUUUUUGCCAAUCGUGCAAGCCAUCGCGAGCUGCGCAGCGUUUCCCGAGGUGGAAAUUGCUCAGAUAACGUUCAGAUUCUGGUGGCUGCUCGCCACAGUUUUAGCAAAGGCUAGGGAGGCGGACCCGGAGAUCAAGCCCUUUCUGGAGAUCUUCGAAAACCUUCUCAGCAUCGUCAUCAAGCUGCUGCGCUGGCCUGAUGACGUCGAUACCGCUUCCUCGAGCAGCGUCGCGGAUCACCGAGACUUUAGACAUUUCGUGGGAGACACCCUCAAGGACUGCUGUUACGUCCUAGGAGCAACCGAGUGCUUGGGCAAAUCUCUGCAGAUGGUCGAAGCUCUCCUGGCUCAGUCUCAGCAGGCUGCUGCUGCAGGCGCUCAGGGACCCAAGUGGCAAGACAUCGAAGCGCCUUUGUUCAGUAUGCGAGCCAUGGGAAGUGAGGCCGAUAUGCGGGACAACAAUGUUACGCCUCGGAUCAUGGACAUUGUUGCUUCCUUGCCGGACCAUCCCAAGGUCAAGUACGCGGGACUUCUCGUCAUAUCUAGAUACACGGAAUGGGUAGCUGGACAUCCCGAACGAAUUCCUACCCUUCUCAGCUACAUCUCCAGCGGAUUGUCCGGAGCCCAGGUGGACGAGACUGGUGCCGCGGCUGCUCAAGCCAUCUUGUAUCUCUGUCAAGAUUGCGCACCACAUCUUGUGGCCUAUCUGCCGCAACUGUACGAAUUCUUUACGGGGCUCAACACUUCUGCGCUCCCCGCUUCGGAUCUGAUUCCGGUCACCGAGGGAAUAGCCUCUGUAGUUGCAGCAAUGCCUACCGAUGGCGCUGCGGAGACCGCGCUGCAAUUCCUGCAACCGAAUUUGGCGGCUCUUCAGCAGUUCGCUGCAGCUGGCCCUGACCAAGCAAAAGCGGCGAUCGAUCAUGCCUCUGCGCGCAUGGAGCAAAUCCAAGCCUUUCUAUCUGUGCUGUCGUCCAGCUCCGACUUUGGAAAGCAGCUACCGGCGUCGUGCUCGACGACUUGCAAUGACGCAUUCAGAAUAGUGGACAGUAUCGUUGCGCUCUACCCCAAUUCGCCCCAGCUUGCCGAGCGCUCGUGCCAGCUUUUGCGGCGCGGUAUGGCGCUCUUUGACGACCUGGCUACACCCAUCAUCCCAUCUGUUCUAGGUCGCCUGGCGCCAGCAUUCGUACAAUCUGGAAUCCCAAGCUACGCCUGGAUUAUUGGGAAAUGCAUCGAUCUAUGGAGUGACCGCGCUGAUGCCGCACUACAAAGCGCCAUGCAAUCGGCUUUCGAGCAGGUCAGCAGUAAGGUCAUACAAAUGCUAGAAACGACGCCGACACAGGAGAUGGCCGACACGCUCGACGACUACAUCUCGGCUUCUUUGCAGGUCUCGGCGCGAAAUCCGGUGCUUCUUUUUCCAACACCAAUCUUUCCGCACGCUUUCCGCGCAGCCGUCACAGCACUGACACUGCUUGAUCAGCGAGUACUCGGCACUAGUAUCGAUUUUCUUUGCGAGGUCUUGGGGCACGACAGCUUGUCACUACCGGUCAAUGAAGGACACGCCGGGGUGUCUGUGGUGCCAUACGGAGAGCCGGGAUCAAGAAGAUCUGACACCCAGCCGACCGAGCUUAAUCAUGCUAUAGCUGACAACGUCCGCAAAGUUGUGGCCAAUCAAGGUCAAGCUUUGACGAGUGUGCUGAUAAGUGGGCUUGUUGGGCACUUCCAGCCCGAUAUUCUGAGCACUGUCAUGACAGCGAUUAGAUUACUCGCCCUCGCUUUCCCACAAGAGACGAUAGGAUGGGCAGCUCAUGCGGUCGAGCCCUUGCCAAACACGACGGUGCCAAGCAAAGACAAGCACGCCUUCAUGACGAACUUCUCGAACGCGAUUGCCACGUCGUCCCCCGUCAGAACCGCACUCACAGGACUUUACGGGGCUUCGCGCAAAUCGAGGGAGCGCGCACUGGUGGACAGGGACGGCGGCGGCGGUUUCGACGUCGACCGGCCGACCUGA